GCAGGCGGGCGAAGAGCGAGUUGUCGCGAGCGAGGGCGCGCGAGAGAGAGGGAAUUUGAGUGGAAGCUGUUGCUGCCUCGGCGAUAAUCCCCCUCUCAGCCCCCCUGUAAUUCUGGAUGCAGCCACCAGCAGCACAGAGCCGCGGGCGGGCGCCUCUCUGAACACAGGAGCGCAGAGACUCGAGCCCGAGCCCGGACCCGGACCGCAGCCCGGAGAGAGAACAGGAGACAUGGAGCGCCCUGAGCACGUGCCCGGCGCAGCGGCAGCAGCGCGUGCGGGACGGGGGCUGAGCGCGCUGCCCGAGCAGCUCUGAGGGGAACCGUGAGGGAAUGCGACGCGUAUGGCUUCACUCAGCAGCUCAGAUAAGAAAAUGAACACUGUAGUCACUUUACUGCUGCUGCUCCUCUGCUUCUCCGCGCUGGUGGAUCUGGUGAGAGGGUAUUUAACAGUUACCAUCGAGCCUCUGCCCCCCGUUGUUAUGGGCGAUACGGUGACUUUGAAGUGCAAUUUCAGAACUGACGGCAACCUGCGAGAAAUAGUGUGGUUUCGGGUUACAGAGGGUGGCAGUUCAAAGCAGAAGAUAUUUACCUACGAUGCCAUGUACAAUACCAAUUUCUCUCACAUGGAGGAUUUUCGCAGAAGAGAGGACCUUGUUUACCAGUCAACUGUGAGGCUCCCCGAGGUUCAAAUGGAAGACAACGGGCCAUAUGAAUGCCACGUGGGGAUCUACGACAGGGCAUCCAGAGACAAGGUGGUCUUAGCAUCUGGAAGCAUAACACUUGCUGUUAUGUCACCUCCAAAAUCCAUCUCUGUAAUUGCGGCAGACCAACCGUCUCGAUUCAAUCGCUAUGAGGCCCAAAACUUCACCCUUGUGUGCAUCGUGACUGGAGGAAAACCUGCGCCUGUGGUGUACUUUAAGAGGGAUGGUGAGCUGAUUGAGGUGGUCCCUUCUGCCAAGUCCUCUAAUGCCGCUGAGAGCAGAGGCUUGUUCUCGGUGAAAGACAGCAGGCCUCUGAUCAGUCGGGAUCUGGAUGACACAAAGCUGCAGAAGUCGCUGUCUCUGCUUGAGCCGGACGUGGUGCCGGUGCGGCUAGACCGGGUCCGUCCCCAUCAGAGCUAUACCCCAGGGGCACUCGGCCAGGAGAGCCCGCGGCCCACCACUGAGAUAAUCCCAGAGACUGUGGUCAGCCGGGAGUUCCCGCGCUGGGUGCUGAGCUCCAGCCCACUCUACUACUUCAACCACACGCAGACGGAGUUCAGCGAUGGCACCAUGGAGGUGCAGGCCAUGCUCACCUGGCACCUGAACCCACAGCUGGACAACGAUGCUCUGUUCAGCUGUGAGGUCAAACACCCUGCCCUCUCCAUGCCCAUGCAGGCUGAAGUGACGCUGUCUGCUCCAAAAGGACCAAAACUAUCCAUGACUCCGAGCAGAGCAAAAGUGGGAGAUACAGUCCGCAUUGCUGUGGAGGGAUUCCAAGUGGGAACAAAGGGGAACGAGGUGUUCCCAGAGCCUCUGUUCACCUGGACGCGUGUUGGGGGGCUGCUGCUGGAUGGCAGUUCUGAGAGGGAAGGGAAGGUUCUGAUUCUGGAGAGAGUUCCUGCAGAGCUUAAUGGCUCCAUGUAUCGCUGCACUGUGGAGAAUCCACUAGGCUCAACCAACACACACACGCGCCUCAUAGUGUUCGAAAACCCAAGAAUAAAGAAGGAGACGCUACAAUUUAAUGUUGCUGACUCGGGGGGCGAGGGGUUUGGACCCACGUUGAUGAUGCUGCUGCUGUCAGUGACCCUGGAGUUCACAUGAACAGACGGAUGGAUAUUGGCUUUAUUCUGUCCUCACCCUGACAGCUUCUCAACUUUUACAGCUCUUCAGACGUCUGCUAUUUCUCUCACUCUCUCAGCUCUGCUCUGUCUAUCAAGAUGAAACACAGGUGAAACAAAUAGAGAAGGAAAGGCCAAAAGCGCACUUCAUUCAGCCACGGUUCAACUCGCAUCACUUAACUCGUCUUUCCUAAAAUCUGCACUUGCCUUGGCUUUGCACUCAUUUCUCUCGAACUGUACGUGUGAUCUUCAAGUAUGGAUUCGAACGAAUUAUUAAAUGCAGCCCUCGCCAUGCAAAACUUUAUGUACCUGCAGUGAAGAUGCCAUAUUGCUAAGCUGUUCACUGCUGGGUUUUUAUUUAUUUUUUCGUUGUUGUUUGUUUUAUUAGUUUAACUUUUUAAAAUUAGUGUCAGUGGUGACCAAUCCCUGCUCUUAGAGAUCUGCCUUUCUGCAGUCAUCAGCUCCAGGACAUCUAUGUACAACUCCAAAUUAGAAACAGUUGGGACAGUUUAUAAAUGCAAAUAAGGGUUUCUUACAUUUACUAUAUUAACUUCAUUUCAUUUGGUAAUAUGCAUACAUUCCUGCUUUUUUAAGCCUGCAACACAUUCCAUUCCAACCAUGUUUUUUUUAAACUUAGAAAUUGGUAGUAACUGUGCAGUCAUAUGUUCCAUCAUAUGACUUUUUGUAGCCAUUGACAAAUGGUGGGGGAUCAGGCUUUGUCCAAUUAUUGAUCAUUAUUUUUCUUGCAACCAUCAACAAAAUGUGCAUUAAAUAACAUCGAGCAGUGGUAAACAUACAAUCAGGCAGCACUUCCAAUAGUAACAAUAACAGAUACAGGAGAACAAGAAGAUCCAGGAUUUUUUCUAAUUCCACUUUAGCCAUUUUCCAGAACGUCUGAACUUUAGGACAGUCCCAAAAUAUAUGUGUAUGGUCACCAACCAUACCACAGAUUCUCCAGCAUUUAUUGUUUGUAGUAUUUUUAAAAACACAAACAGCCAACGGUGUCCUGAAGUACCUUAUUUUAACCUUCCAGUCAAACUCUUUCCAUACCUGGCUCUCUGUGAACAUUUACCAUGUUUUAAUGUUGCCAUUCCUUCUCACAACACUUAAAAAAAAAGUUUUUUGGCACUGAGGAUACAAAGACUAUACCCUCGUUAUCUGCAGCCAAGAUUUUGCUAUUUUGGCAGCAUGUGGUUUUGCAUUGUGUUGAAAAAAAUCAUAGAAAAAGUUGAAUAUGAAUAUCUUGAAAAGUUGUUUCUUGUGUCUUGAAGUCAGCACAUGUUGCACUAAGAUUUCAAUAUACUUUUCUACAUUAACGUGGCCGUCACAGAAGUGGACUGACCCAACACCAUUAGGCACACAGCGUCCAUGUCUUCCCAAAAAAGUUCUUGAAUACUGAUUCAUCUGAUUAAGAUACACCUCAUGAUUGCAACUAUUAUGAGCCCUAAAUUGACUCAUCACAACUUUUUGGCCAAUGUAAAAUACUGGAAUCAAUGUUUAUUAACAAAUAAACAUAAAAUAUUUUGGGUUCAUGCUGUCUGCAAUCAAAUUAAGGACGAAGUGUUUGUUUUUUUAUAUUUGCAUUUUCCAUACUGUCCCAACCGUUUCUGAUUUAGAUGGGCUAGAUUUGAGUUAGAGCUGAAAUCAGAAGCAAACCAGAGUAGAUCUGCAGGAGGAGGGCUGGUGAUCACUGAUGUGGUCUUGAUAGGAAUUUAGAUGUACUGCAAGUUCAACAGAAGCAGCUUCACCUGCCACAUCUCACCAGUAGGUGGCGGUGGAGACUUCACAACAGAAGACUCCUGAGGCAGAGUGCUGUGUGAUGUUUCUGGUCAGUUAUGUAAUGCAUUAGAGACCUUUAUCUAGGCAGAGAUAUAUAUAUAAAAGCUGAGUUCUAAAGGAAGAGAGGAUUUUAUACCUUGUUUUUGUUCUCUCUGUAGAAGCCCUACGAACUGUGAUAUUUUGUAUUGUGAGAAGCAACUGAAGAUAUAAUGAAUAAAUAAAGCACUGCUAUUUAAUCCCACUUA